AUAGCUUCAGAAUCAGCCAGCUCAGCAUGGAUUCAGGGGGAUAAAAGAGCUUAGAGGAGAAAUCACCAUCUGCCUUUGCCUCCCUUUGCUGCAGCCCAAGGAAGCCAGCCUGGCAGAAUGAGCUUCUUUCUCUUCCUGGGCCUUUUGGUCCUGGCACCCACCUGCUGGAGUAGAUCCAUCCCUGCAUCUCCUCUCCUCUUUCCCCUCAGCUGUAAUGACUCUCGAGUGCUGUCCAUGGCAGGCUUGGCUUUGCAAGGCAUCAACGAUGACCGGAAGGAGGGUUACAAGUUCAGCCUCAAUCGAGUGGCCGAUGUCCGGGAACACCAUCAGACAGGUUCAGGCUCUGUGUACUAUUUCACCCUCGAUGUAUUAGAGACAGACUGCCAUGUGCUCAGCAAAAAAAGAUGGAAGGAUUGUACUGCCAGGCAUCUGCAUGAAGCAGUAUAUGGCCAGUGCAAAGCCAUAUUUUACAUUAACUUGCCAAAAAGGAUUCUAUACCUGCCUGCCUAUAAUUGUACUGUUCGUCCAGUUUCUAGAAGGAAGAUAGUCAGAAUGUGCCCUGAUUGUCCCAUACCCAUCCGCAUCAACAGCUCAGAACCUGGGCUUUCUCAAGCUGUUAGUCAAUCUCUGGAAAAAAUCAACAAAGAGAUUGCAGUGGGGAAGAAAUUUUAUCUCUUCCAAAUCACCCAAGCUUUUUUCCAGUGGGUAUUUGGCCCUGCCUAUUUUGUGGAAUACUUAGUCACCGAGGCUCCUUGCACCAAAUCCCUGCCAGGCUCUGAAACAUGUUUGCAGCCACCUGCUGACUUCAAGCCUGUAGGGCUUUGCAGGGGUUCUCUGAGUAAAAUGAACCUGGAUAAGCAUGUCUCUGGGACCUGUGAAUUCUUCCAAACCCAGCCACCGUCGGCCCCUGAAAGCCAUCCCCCAGAACACCAAGACCCACCGCAGCUGGCCCUCCCCUCCACCGCUGCGCCCCUACAAGAGGGGCCUAGAGGGUCUGUCCAGUUGUUGCCUGAAUUGGUUGAUGAGAACGAUGAAGGUGACCAGGAAAAGAAACCCUUCGUGGCCUUCCCUGUGCAUAUUGACUUGAUGGCAGAUCCCCUGGGAGAAGUCCUCCACCUCCCAUCCCGCUUCAUGUUGGACAAAGAAGAGAUGCCAAUUGUGCUUCCUUUCCCUGAAGGGCCAGGAUCAGAUGAGUGUCCAGGGCCUGCUGAGAAUUCUAAUCCUCUGAUCCUCCCACCGUGAAAGUCACACCCACCCACCCACCCACCCACCCACCCACACACACACACACACACACACACCCCACUUGGUGGAUAUCUGGUGCCAUGGAGUGGAGUGGAGAGAUGGAGGAGAAAGAGAGAGGGUAUCUAGCAUUCCUCAAUUCCAUCCUGGCUCUAAUAAAGUUUGUCUUUCUUUUUUGUCUCUCCUUAA